AUGCCAAGUAUAACUAAAAAAAUAUUAUCAAAUUGUGAUGUUUUAGGUUCCCCAAUAGGCCUUAAUUUCUAAAAAAGAAAUAUUUAUAGAACACCUUUCGGAGCAUUUAUUAGUAUUGUGUUUGCCGUUUUUAUGGGGUUGUUUUUCUGGAAUACAAUAACUCAAUUUCUUUCUAAGGAUGUAGUUAAAGUAGCAAUGAGUAAGACUUAUAGUACUAACCCUAGUCAAAUUUAAAUAAGUCCUACAGGUUUGAUGUUUGCAGUAAAAGUUGACUCUCCAGAUUUUAUUAAUCGUCCUAUUUUUAAUAUCACAUUUGAAAGGAGAGAUUAUGUUAAUCAUCCAGAUGGAAGUUUAGAUAGAAAUCGUUAUCCUAUGUAUUUGGAGCCAUGCACUCUCGAUCAUUGGACAUAACUUCCUAGCUACAAUAUUAAUUGGACAGAUCAAUUUAUCAAAGCAAACUUAAGUUCUUAUUUAUGCCCAAGAAAAGAUGAUAUAAUAGAAAUAGAAGGUAUCUUUUCAAGUGAGCAUUUUAAACAUAUAAAGAUAGGGAUCACAGAUUGCAAGAACAAUACUCCUUUAAACAAUCCUUGGAGACCAGUUUGUGCCUCUCCAUAGUUUAUAAAGAGUUAUUUUGAUGCAAAUAAAAAUGUGAGAGUUGUAAUGUAGGUUGUUAACUACAUUAUAAAUCCUCCUGACCCAGUAAACUAUAUAACAUCUUUUCUUGACAAUUAAUUGUUUUUCACAGUUAAUCCUUAAAGCUACUAAACAGCAGAUAUUUACUUUAAUUAAUAUGAAUUCAUCACAGAUAAUAGUAUAAUGCCAUACAAAUAAAUAGAAACUAAAAAACUGCCUGUUUUAGAAAAUGGAAAUUUUAGAGCCUAGCAGUUCUUAUAUACUCAAACCUCUUAUGGGGAUUUCUUUUUUAGAAGGGAUCCAGUAACAUAUACAUUAAAUAGACAAUUCUAAAAAAUUAGUGAAGUUAUUUCUUACAUAGGAGGUUUUUCUUAAAUAUUUUUGAGCAUUUCAGCUGUUUUAGUAUGCUUUUACAAUGAUUACAUUUAUUCUGUUAAACUGGCUAAUAAGCUUUAUAAUUUUGAAGUUUAGGCAAAAGAUAAUUAAAAUACAAUACUAUAAUAAUAGCACAUAAGUUAAAAUAUGUACACUCAUGAGUCUUCACCGACAAUUAAAAAAGGUAUUAAUAGCAAGAACAAUAAUUAACAUCAAGAGUAAAUAAAUUUAAUGGCAUAUUAAAAACAAUAAUUUGAAAAUACAAGACAAUCAUUUUAGAUAAUUUAAAAGAGCAAUAACAGCAUAAAAGAUAAUAAUUGUAUAAUUGAAAGUUAAAAAUAUAUUGAUGAAUUGAACAAUAAAAAUUUUAAAUAAAGUAGUACUCAAAAGAAUGAUAAUUUAUAAUUAAAUUAGUAUGAUAAUUCAUCUAGAUAUUUAUCAUGCUAAGUUGAGAAUCAUGAUGAAAAGCUUAAUGAAAAUAAAUUAAUUUAAUUCAAAGAAGAUACUGACAGUUAAAGAGAUAAUUAGCAUUAAGAACCUAUAUAAAAUGCUAACAUUUUAAAUUUAGAAUAGUCAUAAGGAUCUUAUAUUCCAGACGAGGGCAACUAAGCAUAUGUAUAAAUAUAAUUUGAUAAGAGUUAAGCUUUUAUUAAAGAAUUAAAUUUGAAAAACCUAAGCGAAUUCAAAUAAUAGAAUUAGUUAAAUCAAUCAGAUUAUAAAUAAAAAAAUUUAAAAAAUGUAAAUUUAGAAGAAUAGUAAUUAGGUAUAAAUGAAUAAGCUAAUAAAAAUGUAAAAUAAUAUACUUAACAUAUAAUUUCUCCAGCUUCGGAGUAAAAUAUUUAAAUUCUCUUACAUUCUGAAAUAAACACCGAAAGAAUAAAGUUUGAACCUGAAAUAGAAAACAUGAUCAUUGAAGAUGGAACAAAUAACAUUUAUAAAAAAGUAAAUAGUAAAUAGGAUCAAAAUAAACCUGGUUUUUCCAUCUAAAAUAAUCAGCAGAAUACAUAUCUGACAGUUGAAAAUAAUACUUUUAAACAGACACCAUUUAAAUCUGAUAAUAACCUUCGCAAACCUUAAUUAUUUGAUUAAUAUAUACUUCCUGCUCAAAAAUCAUAUUCUAGUUAAAAAAUACUAAAUAAAUAGGUUGAAAUUAACACAUCUAAAAAUUAUGUUAAGUAAAAGAUCGAAAAUUCUCAGGCAUUUACAGAUAGACAAACUUAUUUAAAGAAUAAAUUUUCUUAAAUUCUUAAAAGAGAAGAAAAUCUAGAUAUGACUUAUAAAUUUUUCAUAUACAAAUUAACAUGCAAAAAGUUCUGCAAAACAAAGUAAGUCAUGCUAGUAGAAAAGGCUCAUAAACUGAUUAGAAAGGACCUUGAUGUUUCUGUAAUAUUAUACAAAUUAAAGGAAUUAGAAAAAUUUAAAAAACUAUUUUUAAAUGAGCAGCAGGAAGUAUUAUUUAAUUUUUUCCCUAAACCAAUUAUAAGCUCAGAUGUAUAAAAAGAAUUACCUUCUCGAUUAAAUAUUUAAGAAAGCUAAAAAGAUGAAAAAAAAUAUUUAAAAAACUUUAUAAACAACAUAAAAAAAUCUAAUUUCAAUAAAAAAGUAUAAAAAACAUUUAAUAUAAAUGAAAGAGUAGCUACUAAAGUUUCAUUUGCUCUAUAAAAGCUUAAAAAACCUAUAAAAAAUGCUAAUUAAAUAUUUUAAUAUGACUAAAUGAGUGCUUAUUAGACGCUUUAUCAAGCCUAUAUAGCCAUCUUGCACAAAAAAGAAAUCACUGAAUUUGAUAAGAAGCUUAUCUUUUUAUUAGGUUAAGAAAUGAAUGGUAUUUUUGAAGAAUCAGAAAAGUAAAUUAUUAAUUAUUUUUCGUUUUUUAGAUUAAUUUUGUUUAAAUAACUAAAGAAUCAUAGAAAAACCAACAAUAAUAUCAAAUAGUAGAUUGUUGCAAGCAAAUGCAGCAGAUAAUUAAUUUACUAAAAAUGA